ACCCUCUGAUUGAACUGCGACUUUCACCUUCACAUUUAUUGUCUUGUCACCGACCUUCAUGGCAACUCCUUUAAUUAUAGGCGUUGGUGCUAUCGCUGCAGCGAUUGCAGGUCGAAGCCUCCUACGGCGAGGUGCCCAAGGCGCUGCCGAGCAAUGGGUCAAAGGUGGUUUCAAGGCAAGGAUGGAUCGCAAGGAAGCCAUAGCUAUCAUGGGCCUCAAAGACGGUCCUUCUAUGCGGGCUAGGCUAAAGGAUGCACACCGUCACAUCAUGAUUGCAAACCACCCUGAUCGUGGAGGCUCACCGUACAUCGCGAGUAAAAUCAACGAAGCAAAAGAUAUAUUGGAUAAGGAGCUUCGUAGGUGAUAUACCAACAUAUUCUCGUUUACCCUAUUGUACUAUGCUAUAAUUCGUCCUUGGUCCCGCUAGCAUUGCGUCAUAAUAAACCCCGUCUCAUUCAUGCUC